GUGACCCCGUCCCGUUUCACACCGCCAUACGUGUGGCCCCUAUUUAUGCGCCCCGUCUCAUGCAACGCAUGGUGCUGGGCUGGGCUGGGUUGAACCGGCAGUGCUACAUUUCACAUCUCCCAUCUCCCAUCUCAUCUCAUCUCAUCUCAUCGGCGGGUCGUCGUCGUCGUCAUCUUCAUCAUCCAUCCAGAGGCACGAGAGAAACCAGAAGAAGAAGAAGCCACGUGAGGUCUGGCGAUGGAGAAUUCUUGGGAGGAGGAAGGGCAGCGGCUGGCGGCGGCGCGGGUGGUGCACAGCCAGGUGAGGAAGAUCAAGGAGGAGGAGGGCGACAAGGUGAAGGUGGACGAGACGUACCAGCAGCAGCAGCAGCUGGCCGGGAUGCGCCUCGUCCUCCGCGACCUCGGCCGGCAGCGCUCGCGCUCGCCGCUCGGCCGGGUCGGACGCCCCGCCAUCUCCAUCUCCAUCGGCGGCGACUCCUAGAGGACGGGGCGGGACGGCGAUCGGCCGUCCCCUCGUGCUCUCUCUUCUCGUCGUGUAUUUAGGACCUUUUCUUUUCUUCCUUCCUUUUUUUCUUCUUCUUCCUUUGGUGAUCCUGUCCGUCCGUGGACGGGGGCAGAAGAUAGAUCCUCUUCUGCUGGGGUGUCGUUCGUUCCCAUCUCUCCAUGAUGGUCCUGUAAAUACUUCACCAUACUCCCAUGUGUGAGCUUUGUCGGUCUCUUCCCCUUUUCAGCUUAUAGGAAACAGGAAUUUUUGGA